AUGUACACCUCCGAUAGCGCCGCCUCGGCCAGUCAGAUUGACCUCGGAUUCCCCCUCCCACCCGGCCAUGUCCCGUCGAACUCUACUCAGACAUUCGCCUCACACCCCGCCCAGCGGUCAGUCUACCCAAGUGGAGGAGAAGGGGGCCGAGCAUCCACAUCCACGGCAGCUUCAUCACAUGCCUCGACGUCUACCGCCCAAGAUCGGCCGAGGUCUGUCAAUGGUUCCCAAACGCACGAACGGGACCGAGAGGACGUUGAGGAAGAGGAAGCGAGGACUCCAGAGAAAGCACCAGGGGGUGCGGUGGACAAGGCGGUGAUGGCGAGUGCACUGGUACCAGCUGGUGCGGGUGUCGCUGCUGCUGCUCUCACGCAAGAUAGGGGCGGACAUGGCGAGCGGGGAGAUGGCGAGAUGGCCGAGAAGCUCGGCAUAGAAGACAAGCACCACUUCUUCGCACCUCAGCUCAAAAGCCAACGGCGAUCAGUCUACAAAAAAAUCUUCUUCAUCUUCCUCGGCAUCACUCUCUGGCUCUGGGCCUGCCUGUCCUUCUUUUGGGGAUCGACCUACAAGCUCACGUCUGGUAUCUCUAACCUCAACGUCCGCUUCGUCACCUUCGACACGGACUCGUCGGCCCUCCUGAACGCCCCAAUUACCCAGCAGGCCAACUAUCUCGCUUCUCUGCCCUCAUCGGUAACGCAUCUCGGCUGGGAGGUACGAUCCGCCUCAAACUAUCCCAAUGGUCUCGCAGAUGUACAGCGGGAGGUUCUGCAACAGGAGUGCUGGGCGUUUGUGGUGGUCAAUGCGAACGCUACAUCGGCGUGGCGGGCGGCGGUACGGAAUGGGGAUGGGAGCUAUGAUCCGAAUGGCGCGAUCGGGAUCUACUAUAUGGGGGCAAGAUUUUAUCAGGUACAGUAUCUGUAUACCGAGAGCUUGAUCAAAGAGGAACUUUCGAAUCCCUUAUCGACAGCCCGCGCGGAGGCUCUUCAAGCGUUCAAUACUUACGCAGCCAACAACGCUGGAGCCAUCGCCGCUGCUGCUCGAUCACCACAGACCCUCGGCGUUGCGUUCGGAUAUAACAUCUUUGAUUUGCGGCCUAUCCAGGACUGGGCAUGGGCGGGCGCUGCGCCAAUGGAGGCUAGCUUGAUCUACUUCGUCAUCUUCGCCUUCACCGUCGUCUUCACCGGCGCCCAGAUCCGAGCCAAGACGGGCAUCGAAGACCGUCUGACUUUCCGCGCCAAGGUCACGCAGCGGGUAUGCUGGCCGCUCUUCGCGUUCUUCUGGAUCGCGCUCUGGCAGACCUUGGUAGUCCGGGCGUUCCAGGUCCCGCUGACUGACUAUCUCGGCCGAGCUGCUUUCGUCACGCUCUGGGCGCUCAACUAUGUCACUAUCAUUGCUGCCGGCUUCGCGCUGGAGACAAUGCUGUGCCUCGUUGGCAUCCCGUUCUUGCCUGUGUUCCUGAUUCUUUGGAUUAUUUUGAACAUCACGUCCUCCUUCUACCCCCUCGAGAUGCUCCCCCCAUUCUACACCUGGCUCCGCUGGACCCCCUUCAUCCACAACGUCGAAGCUUUCAAGAUCAUCGCCUACGGCACCAACCGUGUCUCACGUCUAGGAUACCACUUUGGUAUCCUGUUUGCGCUGAUCGGUGUCGAGGCGCUUACUUUGCCGUUGGCGAUGGUAUUUGAAAGGUGGAGCUCGGAUAAGAGCAAGCGAAGGGAGGUGUGGGACAAGCGGGAGAAGAAGGAAGGGGCAUAG